AUGUUGCAGCUACUUUGCAGUGAUGUUGUACACUUCCUUAUCUCAUCCUGUAGAUAUGUCGAUGACCUCAUCGCCGAAAACCAACGGCUCAAGACCCAAAAUGCCGGGGAUCAUGCUCAAACCAAUGCCAGCAUCAUCCUCCCCGAGAUGCCUCCCUCUACAGGGAAAGAUCCCGUGGAUAGUGCUAUUGCUGUUCAAGCUCCUUCAUUGGAUCAGCGCCCGUGGUUCUUCGAUAUGAACAUCCCGCAUACACCAAUUCUCAUUGGUGAGGCGUCAGAUGCGGCGUUUGCAACUCGGUUCAGGCAAGCAAUUGCAACAGGAGAGCAUAGGCAUAUCCCCAGAGUCAAUUACGCCACAGAUGAAAGACUGCUAGCCUUGUCAGAUAUCGACUGUCCUUGGCCCAGCCCUGCGAGAGCACGCCUGCUCGUCGGUGUUGCCCUGAGAUAUGUUAGCCGCUGCUACCACAUCAUCCGCAAGAGCAUUAUCUUGGACGGCUUGGAGCAAACAAUUCAGAACCCGACCGAGAGCGAUUCUCUUCUCAAGAGUAAACUGUGGGCGCUAUUUGCCAUUGGUGCCAUGUACUCAACUCGUUCAGCGACUUCGGAGAAAGACUUCCCAGGCAUGGGCUACUUUGCUCGCGCAACUAGAGUACUUCGCAUCUCCAGCGAGAGGCCACGUAUUGACGUGGUUGAGCUGCGACUUUUACUAUCGUUUUAUUCUCUGGCACUUAAUCGCCGUCACUCAGCUUACACCUUCGCUGGCUCCGCCACAAGGCUUGCCGUCGUCAUGGGCCUACACUUGAAUGUCCCUGAGUCUCAGUUGAGAGAUAAGGCUGCCCGCGAACAUAGAAACAGGGUAUUCUGGACCGCAUAUAUUUUCGACCGUAUGUGGGCGGCAAAGCUAGGUCACCCUGUCUGUGUGCAAGACGUUGAUAUUGAAGUGGACCUUCCAUCGAAUCCUGCAGUCGACGAAAGCAUAUCAGAGGAUUUCGCAGAUGCAUCCUACUUUAUUGCUAGCGUCAAGCUUGCGCGGGUGCUGGGAAGGAUUGUUCCAUCCAUUUAUCGCCGGAGAAACCAACAAAGUUCACUCUCGCACAGAGUUCAAGAAGCUCUCAGCGCCCUUCGUGGCUGGGUCGAGGAACUUCCGCCCCAGCUCCAUAUCGAUUUCAAGGUCACAUCAGAGCAUAUGCAGAAACCUAUUUCCCUUCAUCUCAAUUUCAACCAGUGUGCUAUAAGUGUAACCCGCCCAAUUCUACUCCACGUCCUGCGCACCAACGUAGCGUCAUGGGGGACUUCAUCAACUCCCGAACCGCAAAUACCUGCAACAGCCAUGACCCUGGCCGAAGCAUGCAUCCGUUGUGCUCGACAUUCUUGUCGACUUCUCACUGAAUGCUGGAUCGAUGGCUCUUUCGCCACCUUUGACUACUUUUACACCCAAUACCUGUUCUCUGCUGCCACAAUCCUCGCAGUUUCCAGUCUUUUGAACGGGAAGGAUAGUCACAAUGACAGGGAACAAUUCGAGGAAGCAGCCCAGUUCCUCUCACAGCUAAGGGAUAACGGCAACUUUGCAGCAGGAGAGUUUUGUCAGCACAUCGACGCCAUGAAGGCCAUGAUGGCCGCUGCCAACGCACGUCGUGGUGGUUACCCCGUUGCCGGGGACACUUCUACUCUUUUGAAUGAGGCUGCCGCUACCUUUGGAGACGCCAUAAAUAUUGGCCAGCCCUUCACGACACAGAAUACGACGGCGGGUAUGGCGAUUGCCGAGCCAUCUCUGCAAGAGCUUUUGGCACAGCCGAUUCUCGAUUUGCAGUUCAUUGAUGCGUCGAUAUACAAUGAUGGUGCCCAAGGCCUGUACUGGCCUGACCUCAGCCCAGAAACAUGGACGCCUGACACUUGGACUGGCACCUAA